AUGGCCGACAUGCCAUUUGGAUAUGUACAGCAGCACAUGGCCAACGGUUCGUUGCUCGCUCAAUCUUCGAUGGUUGCAGAAAAUUUGCAACGGAUGGAAACGCAAGAGGAGGUACUCAAACCUGUAUUUGAGAAUGCCUUAAAGAAAGCAGCUACUACUGCUAUUAUAGCUUCAUAUGAGAUGACUGCAGCAACUUUGAUGGUUUUUUUCCUGGCCAUGGUGUUAUAUCCAGAAGUUCAGAAACGCGCACAAGCAGAAAUCGACUCAGUGGUUGGAAAAGAACAGCUGCCAACCUUCGAAGACAGAGCAUCACUACCCUACAUCGAUGCAGUUGUGCGAGAGACUUGGCGAUGGCAGCUUGUCGUGCCCCUUGGCGUAUCACAUGCUACCUCGAGUGAUGAUGUAUAUGAUGGGUACUUCAUUCCGAAAGGUGCAAUCAUCACAUACAACACAUGGGGUAUUACACAGGAUGAAAAGCGAUACCCCAACGCAUCUAAUUUUAUACCAGAGAGGUUCAUUGACAGCAAUGGCGCGUUGACAAGUGAUGAACCCGCACAAUACAUUUUCAGCCUUGGCCGGCGUAUAUGUCCAGGAUGGUAUAACGCUGAUUCCUCUGUGUGGGCUGCCAUUGCGACUAUGUUGGCCACAUUGAAUAUUUCUUCUGCCAAAGAUGACCAGGGAAAAGUGAUCAACUUUACUCCCAAGUUUAUCCCAGGAGUGAUUCGGUGUCCUGCAACCUUCCCUUGCAGUAUUUCGAUGCGGUCUCACAUUCAUUCAGACCUUGUGGACAGUUGGCGGACUGCUGAGUUUGAAAGAAGGGAUAGCAGUUUGCUAUCCAUGGUCUGA